AUGAUUCCCAUUGGACGUUUCAGAUAUUCCAAUUUUUCUUAUAUACAAGACCAAGAAAAAGUCAUCAGAUUGUCGGACGGGACGCCGACACAGAAAUACUACGAUACCAGCAAACUGAACAGGUUUUCGUACAAAAAAAAGUUUGUAAACGAUCGUCGAAUCGCAGCACCAUCAAAGAUUUUGCAUUUCUUCAACACACCAUUGGAUAUAAGCGGCUCGCAGAUUCGCAGGGCAGUGAUAAACGCCCUCGGUUGCAAGGACGCGGUUCGAUCGAUUACAAUUCUACCCCAAAAACAGCCCGGUGCUAAAUGUUCGACCGGCCUUUUGGAAUUGAAAAGCGUUGACCUGGCGGCCAAGGUUAUAUUGUUUUUGAAUCACACGCAGCUAGAAUCGUCGAGAUCCAAAUUCCCGUUUUUGAUGAAAUUAUGUUUUUCAAAAUGGUCCGAGAUGUGGCAAAAGUCCGGGGAUUCGAGCACCCUGAUUUUCAACGCCACGCCGCCCAACACUCGGUGGUUGUUCCACAGACACGAACACCGCGUGUCAAUGGUGGAGUAUAAAGUGUCACGGGUAACACGAGCGACCGAUGAAGACUGUUCCUGGACUCUAUGGGAUAUGAGGAACCAUGCGACGGAGGCCAUUGACCCCGAAGCCGGAACUUCCGCAGAAACCCAGUCACCUAGUGAUGAGUCGGAUACGUGCAGAACCCACAGACGGUGCUGUCAUGACUGCCAGUUGACGAGUGAACGUUCGGAUAUUUGUUUUUAUUCAGCCCUUUCGUGA